AUGAAGACGAGCCCAGCACAUCCACGGCUCAGGGUACUACGACAUCGGCUGAGCCAACAAUUUCACCUUCAACCAGUGCUGCUGAACUCGCAAAAGCUUCUGAUGAUGAGGAAGAGGAGAGCAAAUUUGGCUACACCCAGGCCAAAUUGA